AGACAGGGUUGCCAAGCAGGUGACGUACUGCGCAGGUAAACAAAAACAGAACUAGAGAAAACAUGGAUUGUGCUCCGCUGAAUUUGGCACAUUUUCAUGAACGCCGGUCGGAGCGAUUUAUGCGUCAUCACCGCUACGAAGAGGCAAUUAAGGCCUUGGAAACUUCGCUGCUUUAUGUACAGGACGCCUAUAAAAACGUGCAGCUUCCCAAAUCGAAGGAAGUGCUGGACACCUUAACGCUUGACUUUCAGCGGAAGCUACGCCAAAUCGAAAUGCGGAAAACCCAGCACGGGCUUACAAAGAUGAAGGAUUUUGUGCAACUGAAGGAAACUAGUCCCAUGUUGCCAUUACGGCCGGAACACGGCGUGGGAUCAGCGCAAUCCGUUGCCAAGGCCAUUGAUAAGACCGUACAAGAUUUUGAUGCCAAGUUUAUAUCCACGGCAGAGCGGAUACCAGCGACACCAGCUCUAGUUGAGCUCAAAGUGGAGACUAUGAUCAAGAGCAAUCCGCAGGCGGAGAGUCAAGAGUUCCAGGGACUCUCCUCACUGGAGAGAAGCUCUGAGAAUGACAUGCCAUCUCUGACUCCGUUGGAACUGCCCUCGUUCGAUUAUACAAUGUUCACCAGCUCAUCGGCUCCUUCGUUGGCCAGCUACAUGGGAUUGGCCGAAAGCUUUCAAAAGUAGCUUGAGUUUGUGAUAUUAUUUUAAAUUAAAGCCACUUUUAGUAUUUAUGUAAUUUAAA